AUUCCAGAGUUUAAGAUUUUGGGAUUCUAGAAUUUUUUAAUUUUGCGACUUUGGGGUUUUUUAAAGUAUGGUCCAUAAUAAAUUCGGCAAUGGAAAAUUUAGUAUUUAUCUUUUAUUGAAACCUUAAUUUAAAAUUUGAGCGAUCAAAAUUUCAAAUAGACCCGCGUGGUUCAAAUCAAAGGACAAUGUACAGGACAAUGUACAGGAAGACUGUAAUAAUUACAAUGAAAAUUGCGACUUGUAAUAUGAACUACUGGUUCAUUUACGUUACAAUAUUAAGAAAUUACAAUAUUUAUUACAUCGAACGAUUUAAAAGUCUAAGACAUGAGCGCAGACGCAAGUAGGGUGCUCUAAAGGGGUAGUAGUGCGAAGUUUACUAGUAAUCAAUGAUGCGACAUAGUAUACUUGAAACUACUUGAAGACCAUUACCGUGGAACGCGUUGAAUUUGCGCGAAGAAAAUAAUGUCAUACUCGAUCGAACCGAAUAAUCGAAUAAUUCCAACUGUUUUAACUCUUUAAUGGGUAACAAUGACAACCAUAUAUUUAAUUUAAUCGAAGAAGCAACUCAUGUCGGGUAGCUGCAAGAUACAAAUUCAUUUGGUGGCUGUUGCAUUAUUAGAUUCUGUUAAUAGGGCAGCCAUAAAACAUGUCAAUCUAAAGGACUAACGUAGCAGCGAUGGGUGAAAUGACCUUGUGAUAUAAUUGUAGUAAAAUUAAAAUGACAGUCUAUGUAGCUUGGAGUGAGCGUUUUUGUGCAUCACAAACGAUGGACACGUUAAAUUUAGGGCGCAUCGUAACUUUCGAUGAAAAAUGUCAAGAAGUACGCUGAAAACAAAUAUUAUAAUGUGUUUCAAAGAACAAACUUAAAUAUGGGUAGCCAAGGAGUCGGGGAUAUUCCAACAAUAUUUCAUCCCCAACAAAUUCAUGCUCCAAAUAUAAUUCUUGGCGAUGGUCAGCAGAACCAUGGUCCUCAAACCACAAGUGGUCAAGGUACUCGUGACAAUUCUGGCUGCGAACAGCAACAAGGAUGUAGUGUUAGUGGAAGCCGUGAUUCCGUGCCAAGUUGUCGUCCAUUAGAAACAAGUGGAAGUGGAACUGGAGGUGGAGGAACAGGAGACAACCAAGGACACGGUAUAGGUCAAACUCAAGUUCAAUCCCAUGUAACAGUACCACCAGUUACCUAUCAUCAAAGGCCUAAUUCAUUAUCAGCAUGUUAUGCAUCCUGUUGUGCGGAAUCUGCCAAAAAGAUAUAUUUCGGAGUAUGCGUUACGAUAUGCGUCACUGCAAGUUGGGUCGGUGCAACACACUGUAUCAAAUAUUUAUAUUUUCACAAACACGAAACUCCUAAUUAUUCGUCGUUUUCUAAUUCAUCGAUUACAGGACGUCAUCAACAUACUGUUCCAUAUAACGCGCCAUUUUUUACAACCUGGUUUUGUACAAAUUGGGAGAUCCUUUACUUCCCAGUUUAUUUCGUUUGUCAAUCCGUAAGGAUAAAAUGCAACGCUCCAUCAGAAAUAAUCGCGGAGAGUUUGCGCGGUUUCCGCGAUAAAGGAUUUACUGGUGGUCGUUUUUUGAUCAGAUGUAGUCUUUUUUGUGGACUCUGGGUAGUUACGAAUUACAUGUAUAUUUAUUCACUAAGGAUAUUGCUAGCUACCGACGUAAUGGCAUUGUUCGCGACUAAUGUCUCUUGCGUCUAUUUAUUAUCCUGGGUUAUUCUACACGAACAAUUCGUCGGCGUAAGGAUAGUGGCGGUGAUUUUAUGUAAUACUGGAAUCGCACUGUUAGCAUACAUGGAUGGCAUAACCGGAAGUCCAACUUUAGGAGGAGUAGUUUUAGCAACAUCCGCGGCAGCCGGUUCGGCUGUGUACAAGGUGCUGUUUAAAAAAGUUAUAGGAGAGACAACGUUCGGCCAAAUGUCAUUAUUUUUUUCUCUUAUCGGAUUAUGCAACGCAGCACUGUUAUGGCCAAUUUGUUUGGCCCUUUAUUUUUCGGGAGCGGAAAGCGUACACUGGGGACGGUUACCAUGGACGACGUUGCUCUCAGCAAGUAUUCUGCAUUUAGUUGCAAACAUGCUCGGUAACUUCAGCAUCGCUCUAACGUAUGAUCUAUUCAUCACGUUGGGGUUGAUCACGGCUGUACCCGUAUCCGCUGCAUUGGACGUUCUUCUGUACGGAGCCCAUUUCAUGGGAAUGAAACUGGCAGGAAUGAUCUUUAUAGCGGUCGGCUUCUUUCUCGUCAUGUUUCCGGAUAAUUGGCCAGAUUACAUAACCAGACUACUCCGAUGGAGCAGAAGACACGGACACGGUGUACCAGGAGGUACGCAACGCGAUGUGAUCGAUUAUCGCACCGGUUACAUAAAAUCUCAUCUUCGUUCACCUUCCGGAAGAGUUCGGUGACUAUAUGCACCAUCGCACACUUGGUUAUUUCCACCGAAAAGCUGGUUAAAAUUUUUCCACGACUACAGUCGCGUGAUCGCGCGAUAAUUGUUUCGUUUACGAGGUUAGGGUAUCGAUCGGGACGCCAUUAAUCCGAUGAAGUCGAUUUUUUUCACGAAUACCCCAACAGCGAAUUGUAAAUGGGAUGUUAAAAAACGGCCAUCUUUGCAUUUUAUUACAUUAUUACCCUUACUAAAAGUCUUGUAGAAUCCUCUCAUGCAUGACAUAUUGCAAUGAUGGUCGAAUCUUUUUAACAACUUAUCAAGUUCAUAACUUGUCAGUUUUAAAAUUAUCUAAAAUGAUUUUAUGAAACUAAAUGAAUCGGCGAUUAUCGUCCAACGGUGUCGAUUAAUUCAUAUUUUAAUCUUCGCGGGGGAAGUGGAAAAAAUGGACAGAGAGAGAAAAGUACAAAAAACAGUUCGAGACAAACUUUAAACGUUUCCAACAAAUAUUCCGUAGUAAAAUAACAUUUUCUAAACGUCGCGUUUCCUCUUCAAGUAAAAUUUCACCGGUAGAGUAGUGUCGUUGAUUUGGCGCGAAAUUUCAAACUUCAACGACUGAUUCGAACAUCAAUCUCAUCUGUUAAUUCAUUGGUCUUCGAUCGCGGACAAUAAAUAACGUGGGGACAAAUCGAAGGCGAAGUCGGGGAUAACGCGCGAGAUGAUUCGGCGUCAAUUAUAAAUAGAAGAAAGUUGUGGCAAUUAGAUAAGCGUUACGUAUAUUUGGAAAUUUGAGUCAAUUACUCGAGUCAACUGUUUACGUAAGCGCUGUUCUAGUGUUUUUUUUUUCGCUUUUGCGAUUAUGCAUCUGAUUAUUUCGUUUGCUUCGAUAUUUGUAAAGGUCCAUUUCGUCGAAAAACAAUACAAUCGUUUUAUCUGCAAAGAAACGAUACAUUGUUUCCGGUUCAAAGUUUUCUAGUCUCGGUAUCGGUAUACGAUAGGUCAAUAAGAAUAAUCUUCGAAUAUGUGACCUGUAACCUGUUAAGACAAUCAGAUAUGUACCUAUGUUUGCGUGCAUGUGUGUAUGUAUGUAUGUAUAUAUGUAUGUAUCUAUCUAUUGGGUUGAUGCAUAUGAAAUUUCAAAGAUAGCAAUACAAUUUGAUGACAUAAAAGUACCAUAAAAUAGCGAUUAAGUUGCCUCAAUUUGAAGCUUAUAUCUUGUUAAAAAUGACUGUCAAAUUUUUCUUCAGUGUUCUUGAUAUAAAAUUAUCUUGCUGUGUAGAGAGUAAUAGAGAUGAUUUUGUGAUAACUAGCCAAGGAAGUUUAUGCAGUUCUCAGUAAACUUUCAGCUUCAAAUUGAUACAUCAUAAGUAAUAUUUUAUGGUACUAUUAUGUAUGAUUUUGGAUGUUUCAAAAUCCGACAUUUCAGAUGCAAUAAUCUAAAUACGUAUGUAUGUAAUAGUAAUAGAUCAAAUAGAAUCUUUCUUCGAAUAGUAUAUCUGUGCAGCAUAAAACUUAUACUUCUUUGCGUAGCUUUUUUUUUUCUUUAUGCAAUCGCGAUGCUACUUUAUCAUCUUUCAAACACGAUAUUUCAACGGAUUAAUUGACUAAAAAUCGAAGGAACAAUAUUGCUAAAGUGUUCUUAUCAACGGAAAGUAUCGCCGACUUUUAAGUUACGUUAUGAAAUAAUUGGUAAAUUCGCUCAAUUAAACUAUGCGCGUUGGCACGCGUACAACUUACUAAUAUCGUCGACUCGUAAAAUGUAGAUACGUUUCAACAUUACAACCUCGUAAAAAAGUUAUCAUUACUGACGAUAAGCGAAAUUAAAACGUGUAAUGACUUUGCAGGAUUGAAUCUCUGAACAUGUAAAUAAAUAGAAAAUUAGAGAUGCGUUACGCGUUAACACGUAUCCGUUAGAUAUGAGGGAUUACACGAAUGUAUAUACUGUACCGAUGUAUUUAAUAAAAUCCAUAGCGAAUUU